CUCCUCCUGCAGACUCCAAGCUCUACCAAGCACAGGAGGACGGUUGCUUGGUGUUCUUACCAAGCGGCAAGUAUGGCGGUGGCGCGCGCCGAUUCGGCUUUGCCUCCCGGAGAAGGUAAGGCAGUACCCACCCUUGAGUACCAAGGUUUAUGCUACGGAACCAAAUUAAAUAGUUGCCUGGCGGAGCAAAGAAGCCUAGACUUGGAAGGGCAGUUCUGGACCAGUUCUUUUGAUGCGGAGCUGUGGGCAUCGUAGAAGCGCACUUCCUUCCGGGAGUUGUAGUCUCCGCGCGCUGUCCAGCUCCGCAGUGGUACCGAGGCCGCUGGCCUGAGGACUUCAACUCCCAGAAGCCCUCGCGACGCCCUGCGCCCCUCAGUCCCGCGCUCACUAGCCGGUCCGGGCGGUUGGUUUUGGUGACCUUUUUGGACGUUUGCUUUGAGGAAUGACCAGGGGAGAUCGGCAGCCUAUCCCGUGCUCUUCAGGUGUCCCCCUUCCACUUCAGUUCCUAGAACAUUCAGGAAACAUUAUCACAGACUCCACUCCAUUGACCCAACUCUUCCUUGCAGUGGCUAAGUGGCCGUGAUAAAAUUCAACCCGGGAUGAACUAGAGCCCACGGGUUUCUUCCUGGUCCCGCAAAUAUGUUUGACCGUGCGUAGCUUAGCAAGAGGCGUGGGUGCUUUUGUGGCCCGGAGACAUCUCUACGGGGCGCUGGACGGGACCUCCUUUUGUUUUGGUUACGGCUCCGAGGCUCGGUAGCUGCCAUCUGGACAGGGGACAGGGCAGGAGUCGAGGCUGCCCUCCCCCUGAAUCAGAGGCUCCUUACGUAGGAGCCUUUAAUUCUUGAGAGGAGUGGGUCGGUAGUUACAUGAGAUCUGUCGACCUUUUGUACGUGUUAGAAAGCAGGGUGCACUUUUCUGGGUUACCACACAGUUUCUUCAGAUUUUAGAGGCGCUCCCGACUCCUCACAUGCUAAGUGCUAUUAAAAAAUGGAAAAACGUUGAAAACCACCCGGAGAGCCAUCCUGCUUAAGUACUUCACGCAGCAGUUCUGAUCGGUGUAUAAAUUUGAAAUUGGCAGGGCUUCUGGCCCUGCCCCUUUCUGAUAACUGCUUUUCUUAAACCCCACCUUUCUAACCUACCCAGGCAAUUUAACAACGUUAACAUUUAGAGAACCACUUUUUGUGAUCCAAAUGAUGACGUUUUGAGUAUUUUUUCCUCGUUUUACAUUAGCUUAUUUUUCUGUUUAGAACAUGUAGAGUAUAAGGCAAGUAUUAUCAUCAUCCCGGUUGUACAAAAUAGAAGACUGAGUUCAAAAGAGAACAGUAACUUGACCAAGAAUCUGCAGUGAUUAAAUAUUAGUACUGGGAUUGAACGGCUAUGAAUGUUGUCCUGAAGAACUUUGUAAGUUCUUGUGUGCCAAGAUUCAGGUUAAGUGCUGAAGUGUUUUAUAAUUUAUAUAGAGAUUUCAUUAGUAUAAUUCCAUUUUUAUGCUUGGCUUUUAUAUUUGUGUUUUCUAACAUCAUCUUGUCUUGUCAAGGAUCAGUGGUCAAUUGGUCAGGGCAAGGACUACAGAAAUUAGGUCCAAACUUACCAUGUGAAGCUGAUAUUCACACCUUGAUUCUGGAUAAAAAUCAGAUUAUUAAACUGGAAAAUCUGGAAAAAUGCAAACAAUUAAUACAGUUGUCAGUGGCCAAUAAUCGGCUGGUGCGGAUGAUGGGUGUGGCCAAACUUACCCAGCUCCGUGUAUUAAAUUUGCCUCAUAAUAGCAUUGGCUAUGUGGAAGGGUUAAAGGAAUUAGUACAUUUGGAAUGGCUGAAUUUGGCAGGAAAUAAUCUUAAGGCAAUGGAACAAAUCAACAGCUGCACAGCUCUACAGCACCUGGAUUUAUCGGAUAAUAGCAUACACCAGAUAGGUGAUCUAUCUAAAUUGAUAUCCUUGAAGACCCUGCUUUUACAUGGAAACAUCAUUACUUCUCUUAGAGUGGUACCUGCUUAUCUACCUAGAAGUCUUGCUAUUCUUUCUUUGGCAGAAAACGAAAUUCGGGACUUAAAUGAGGUCUCUUUUUUGGCAUCCUUAACUGAAUUGGAGCAGUUAUCAAUCAUGAACAAUCCUUGUGUGAUGGCGACCCCAUCCAUCCCAGGGUUCGACUAUCGGCCAUAUAUCGUCAGCUGGUGCUUAAAUCUCAGAGUCCUAGACGGAUAUGUUAUUUCUCAGAAGGAAAGUUUGAAAGCUGAGUGGCUCUAUAGUCAAGGCAAGGGGAGAGCAUAUCGACCUGGCCAACACAUCCAGCUUGUCCAGUAUCUGACCACAGUUUGUCCUCUGACUUCUAUACUGGGUCUUCAAACUGCAGAAGAUGCCAAACUAGAGAAGAUUCUGAGCAAACAGAGGUUUCAUCAGAGGCAGUUGAUGAACCAAAGCCAAAAUGAAGAGUUGUCUUCUCUUAUUCCUGUUGAAACAAGGGUUCCCCUUGUACCUGAGCAUUCGAGCCCUGUUCAAGAUUGCCUCAUAGUCCAGGAAAGUGAACCUGUCGUCCAGAUUAAUUCUUGGGUUGGCAUAAACAAUAAUGAUGACCAGUUAUAUACUGCUAAGAAUAACUUUCCAGCCUCUGCACACACUGCAAGAUAUUCUCGAAAUGACCUGCACCUGGAAGACAUACAGACAGAUGAGGACAAGUUAAACUGUAGUCUCCUCUCUUCAGAAUCUACUUUUAUGCCAGUUGCAUCAGGACUGUCUCCAGUAUCACCUACAGUUGAACUGAGGCUUCAGGGCAUUAACUUGGGCCUAGAAGAUGAUGGUGUUAUGGAUGAAUCUAUGAAAGGGCUGGAAAACCAGGACUUGGAUAAAGAAAAGGAAAAUGCUUUAUGGGGAACAAAUGAGAAUUCUGGUGAGCUAUUGAAAAGCAAGAUCAGUACAGAGGUAGAUGAGAAAGGUAAGCUAUUACCUUGUCCUGAGCCAAUGAUAAUUAGUGCUAUCUCAAAGGAUAACAACCACAGUCUCACAUGUUUUCCUGAGUCAGCUGGACACCACGUCUCUCAUACAGAGCCAGAUAAAGUUUCUCUUCAGAAAUUGAAUGAAGCAGUGACCAAACUUCAGGCAUGUUGGCGGGGCUUUUGCACUAGGAACUACAACCCUCAAGCUAAAGAAGUGCGUUAUGAAAUCCGGCUACGCAGAAUGCAGGAGCACAUUGUUUGCUUAACUGAUGAAGUGAGGAGAUUAAGAAAAGAAAGAGAUGAAGAACGUGCUAAAAAAGUUGUACAAGAAGAGGCUGUCAAAUUUCUUUGGAACCAGGUAAGAUCUCUACAAGCUUGGCAACAAACAGUGGACCAGCAUCUAAGUUCCUGGCACACUGAGGCUCCUGUAUCAAGUACUCUGGUGACUGCUGACCCUCCUUUAUUCACUCAAAGUCAGGAGCCCUCUUCUGAUCAGAAUUCUAAUUGGUUCAUUGGUUAUGAUGAAGCUCUUGAAGAGAAAGCCUUACCAGAAUUUCCAGACUCUGGUUUUCAUUCCUCCUUAUCAGAACAAGUUCAUUGUUUGAAGGAUUCCUUGGAUUUUGAGAAAAGUUCCACAGAAGGCAGUGAAGGCUCCAUAAUGGGAAAUUCCAUUGACACAGUUAAAUAUGGCAGAGAGCCAGAUGUGGGGGAUGCCAGUGAAGAACACAGUGGUGAGGAGAGUAAGGAAAGCUCAGCCAACGAGCAGGAUAACAAUCUGCUUGAACAGUACUUAACUUCGGUUCAGCAGCUAGACGAUGCUGACGAGCGGACAAAUUUUGAUCAAGUGACAGGAGAUAGUAAGCUUUACUUAGCUUGUUCCUCAGAAAAGUUAGAUACUCUGUCUGACAGGGCUUCUAUAGAUAAGACUCAUGGCACAUCUUCUGCUUCACUAGAUGAAAUCAGACUAACACCAGAGAAUUGUAAAUUAAAUGAAGAUGUUCAAGGGCAACAGCCAGACUGUGAUUCUGCAUUUGAGGUAUUGCAUGUUGGUGUUACUGUGUAGCAUGUCUGGUUUCCAGGGGAGAAGCAGUUGACUUAAAUUUUCUUAAGUUGUUUUUUGUUGCCUUUUUUUCAAAAGGGUGCAAACUGCUUUCACUUCAUUACUAUUUAUAUAAAAUUUGUAUUCUUAGGGCUGCGGAUUUAGCUCAGUGACCUAAGCGCCUGCCUGGCAAAUGCACGGUUGUAAAUUUGAUCCCUGUACAAAAACAAAAAACAACAAUAAAAAAAACUUGUUUCUUAUUUUUCAGACUACAUAAUCAACUUUUUAGUUAUAAUGUACUAUUUAUGUUGAAAGUUAUAUGUAUUUUAUUUCUUAACAAUUGUAUUAAUGAUUCUCAAUUGUAUCAACAAUUGCAUCAAUAAUGAUUUAUUUCUUUUAAAAAAUAAACUAGAACAGUGGUAGCGAACCUAUGACACGUUAUUUGUUUUUCUUCAAAGACAAAAAAAAAUGUUAAUUUUUGAGUUGUUUUGCUAAACUAAAACCUCAGUAUUCAGGUUUAACUGCAGUGUUGGCUCUCUGUGAUAAAUCAGUGGCUUUGGUUUGCAGUUCAGGCAGUUGUCUCUGAGAGGUUCGCCAUCACUGAACUAGAAUUUGUUAAAGAAAAUAGAAAAAUUACCUUAACUGUAUAAAUAGAAUCUUGGUUCUUCUGAUAAAAUUAAUUAUAUAUUAAGGAAUGCAAGUUUAAAAACAAAUAUAAAUGAAAAUAUGAAGAUUCUCAACUGUUGAAAUUUGCCAGUCUCAUUGGAGUAAGAAUGCAUUUUCUUAAGCCUUCCUCUGAGCCAAGGAAAGCCUUAUAAGCAAAUUAAGAAAGAAAAAAAUGUGAGACACCUUUAUAAAAUUUUUCUUUUGGAUGCUGAAGAUUGAACCCAAAGCCAUAUACUUUCCCCCUAAGCUCUUUACCUAGACCCUAAAUGAUAGCAUUCUUAGUGAUCAAAUUGUCUCAUGAAAGAUAUUAGUCAAUGUCAUGAAUCAAUCUUAACAUACAAAAUUAGAUAUUCCAUUUAAGAUUAAAAUCAAGCUCCUUGGGGGGGGCAACAAAGAACCUUUCUCUUUGAUAUGAUAAAAGAAGAUGCUAGGCUUCAUUCACUUGGAAUAUUGCCAUGGUAAGUGUUCUUACCUUAUGGAUAAGCAAAUGUGUGUGAGUGUAUUGCCAGAAAUUAAUAUAUGUUCAUAUUCAGUGUUUAUAGUUCAAUAUAUGUCAGCAGGUGGUUCAAGGCCAUUCACCUCAUUUUUGAUCUCUGCCACAUAAGAACAUUUAAAAUAAUAGAUUAAUACCUCUAUUAUUGUUAAAAUAAUAGAGGUAGAAUAUGAUUUUUUUAAAGAAAUAUUUUCUAUCUAAUAUUUGGAAGAUGUCACCCUUGAAAAACAUUUUAAUAGUAAUUAAGAAAAAGUAAAUCUCAUUUUAUUUCUUGGAAAGAACAUAUACCUAUAACUUGAGAAAGAAAUCUGAUUGUGUUUGAAUGCCAUAGGAGAUACAGCAUUCAACAGCAAUGUUUGGAAGCUUAGUAUUUUAAUCUUUUAGGAUGUUCUAAUAUGGAUGGAUACCAUAUUUGAUUUUCCCCUAACUAUGGACAUGCAUCUAUUUAAAACUACGGCAAUGGGGCCAGGGAUAUAGUUCAGUGGCACAAGCACCUGUUUGGCAAGCGCAAGGUCCAGAGUUUGAUUCCUGGUACCAAUAAAUAAAUAAGUAAACAGUAACAAAAAAACCUUUGGCAUUACUUAGUGUUCUCUCAGUGUCGGUGCUAAAUGUUUCUUAAUUAUUCUGUUAAGAAUCACUAGUUCUCCUUUCUUGAAAUUAUAUAAAAUAAAAACUGAUCUUUCAAGAUUUGAAGCUCACAUGGUAUACUUUAAUAGUUAGACAUGUUUCUCCAAUAUGGUCUGUUAUAUUUUUCUGUUUAUAAAUAUGUAGCACUCAGGUAGAAAAGAUGUGGGUUUCUUCCCCAGAAGUCCAGAAUCCCUUAAAGAGGAAAUGUUUUCUGUUAUAAACAAAGUAGCAGUCUUACCUUCAAAAGAAUUCUCCUUAGUGAAGCAUGUGUGACAUUACCUGCAUGCUUAUAAAAAGUUAAAAUUUUUAAUGUUUUGAAUAAUAAUUAUCUUUUGUGAGUGAUUUGAAUCUUUUAAAUAUACCCUAUUUUUCUAUCUUACAGUUAAGUGCCUCCUUUGCUGCCCAUGGUUAGACAAAAAGAAACUAAUUUGCACUAACUAAUACCUAAAUACUGCUUCAUGGUACAUUAAUUUUUCAGCGAAGAUGCUGAAUGUCAUGGUUCAGUAUUGCUUAAGUAGGUUUCUGUUAACAUCUUCCUCUUUUUUAAAGUAAUGGCAAAUACAACUAAACGCAUUUGAUUAUCAGCAUGUCAGCAGGGUUUCCUUUUUUACCUUUGGUUUGUUUUUUUAGUCCAUAAAUGCUUUUCAGCUUCCUUUUAUUACUAGUAUUUAGAAAUACAAGGAUAAAGUAUCUUUCUUAGGGGUGGGCAGAGGAUCUUGAAUGUAGAUAGAAUGAAAGUAAUAUAAAUUAGAAUGUAAAAAAACUGAGGCAUAGACUUAAUAUAUUUUGGUGGGUUUGUAGUGUAAUUUAAAAGUAAUUCAUGUAACUAAGAUGUUUGCUUUUUUUUUUUUUUUUUGUCUUUUUCAUUUUUAUCGGUACUGGGGAUCGAACUCACGACCGCCUGCUUGCAAGGCAGGUGCUUAUGCCACUGAGCUAAAUCCCCAGCCCCAAGAUGUUUGCUUUUAACUCUGGGCUGUUUAUUAGUUUGGCCAAAGAGAGAACUGGUCUGAUAAGUUUUGGACAAAUUAAGCUUUAAAGUUAAGCUUGCUUGCCUGCCUGCCUACUUUCUUUUUCUCCCUUUUCUUUAUGUGAGACAGGUAGCUUUUUUUAAACUAGAGAAGUUUUGUACAGUUGAGCUAUUUUAAUUCACAUUAGUACUUUUGAUUUACAGAACAGUUAUAUGUAUAAAUAUUGUAUAAAAUUUUCUCAUGAAUUGCUGAAUUUGAUUAUAUUUUAUCUUCAAUUUUAUAUAACAAUAGAUGUUAAAGUUUUAAUUCUCUUGGCAUGCAGGAAGCCUUUAAUCAUGACAACUUAUAAUAUUCAAUUAGCUUGAUUUUAUAAGUUUAAUUAUAAAAGCUAUGCUGGGCAUGGUGGCACAUGCUUGUAACCCCAUCAUUUGGGAAGCUGAGACAGGAGAAUGGUUGCAAGUUUAAGGCCAGCCUGGGUUACAUUGUGAGUUCAAGGUCAGCUUAAAGCACAUAGCAAGCCUCUGUUUCAAAAACAAACAAACAAAACCUUAUUAUAAAAGAUAAUCUUAAUAUGCAUGUUUUAGGAAAAUGUCUAUGCAACAACAUAGUUGUAUUUGUAUAUAUAUAAAUAAUUUUAUUUUUUAAUAAUGUAGAUUCCAUUCUUGAAUAUGUGCUUUUUCUCUAUUAGUUUUGAAUUAUUUUAAAUAUACAAACACUGUAAUAGUGUAGUUUCCUGUUACCUAUGUAAGACAAGUCUAGUUGUAUGUUUUAUGAAUCUUUGCAGAAAUAUACAAACUUUAAAUAUUACAUUAUCUCCCUGGGUACUUUUGUUUUCAUGGUCCUAAAAUUAGGUUUAUAACAUUAAAAAGGAAAAAGCUUUUUUAUGGUGAAUUAAAACAAUAAAGCAAAAAAUAUAGAAUGAGUCUGAUCAGUGUCCCAUUUAUAAAGAAAAAAAGACUUCAUUGUUUAAUCCACAUUCUUAUUUCCUUACCCCUUAUUAAAAUUUAUUUAGUGUAAUGUCUUAAAACUUAAAUAUAUGAUGCUCCCAUUUUGAAGUGAAGCAGAAACUAAACUACAUUCUAAACUUUUUUUGUGUGUUGGUUGUGGUGUCAAGUCAGCCUUGAAUUUUGGGGCUCAAGCAGUCCUCCUUAGCCUCCAGAAUAACGGGAACUGUAGGCAUCUACCCUUUUUUAUUUUGGUGGUACUGGGGACUCAGGGAAUUUACACUGAGCUACAUCUCUAAACUCUUACUUAUUUUUUAUUUUGAGACAAGGUCUCACUAAUUAGUCCAGCCUGGGUUUAAACUUGCCAUCCUUUUGCCUCAGCCUCUCAGUGCUGGGAUUACAGAUAGGCACCACCAUCCCUUGCUUGCAUCUAAACAUUUUUAAUGAUAUUACUUUCACUGAUUAAUCAUGUUGUGCCAUAUUAAAAUUGCAACCCAGGUGAGUAAAGCAGUCCUCAGAGCUUUGGAGAAAAAUGGAUUUUGUUUUUAAAUGAGUUGCUUUUCAAUCUAUGAACGAGUGGAAUCACAUUUUAGUUUUUAUUGAUUUUAGUAGCUAACAGGAAUUACUCUGUAGUGACUUUAUGAGUACUUUACUAAUUCAAAAUUUUUAUUUUUUGUGGUAUUGAGGUGGAACCUAGACCUUGGCUCAUGCUAGGCAUAUGCUAUACCUCUAACUUACAUCCUUAGAACCAUGUUUUAUAAUACUUUUUGUGUUGAUAUUAGACUUAAAAUAAUUUGAUUUUGAACUAUUUUUAGAUUUUAAUUUUAUUGUAGAAAUAGUGGUGAUUAAAAGUGGUUAUAUUCUGUUUUGUGAAAGCUUAAUAUUUUAUAUUAUAAUUAUUUAAUUUGUAUUUGAAUCUAAUUUUAAAUAAAAGGUUUAUACAUUUGAA